GACCCCGCUAUGAUAGGUGGCGCUGUGAGUGUUUACAAAAAUCAUGUGCCCAUGUAGUCAUGAUUUCUCUCACCUGUGGUAAUGAAACAGGUGUUAUAAUUACACAAGAGAAAAAAUGGCAAAAUGGAUGAAGAUGAAAUAAGGAGAAGUAUCCAGGAUUGUGCUAUUCCUGGAAAUUAUGAUCCAGCAGAGGUUGAAAGGUUGAGUUUAUAUGAAAAUGGGGUUAACACAGCAGAAAGCAAGUUCAGGGGUGUAGGCGACAACGAUGACAGUGGUCUCACAGAAACACCAAGCCGAACAUCUAGCAUAUCACAAGGCACCAUUGAUCGGAUUGACUCAGACCUAGAGUCCAUCACCUCCGCUUCACAGCUUACCUCCAAGAAGAGAGAUGGCAGUUGCAGCCCUCGGAAAGGCAGCGUCCGAUUCCAGACAGAUCUGGAGGACAGCCUCACUUGUUCCACAGAAACGCUCAAUCCGGAGAAUAUCAAGGUGCCUAUCCUUGGAUUUGAGACCAUGGAGGAGAGAUCCAAAUUUACUGUUUUUCGUUUGUGUGUCCAGAAGUCGGAACAUGAUGUGUGGCAUAUAUUUCGCCGCUACACAGAUUUUGUGCAGCUCAACGAUAGGUUGAGGAAGAGUUUUCCAAACAUCCGCUUAUCUCUGCCACCCAAGCGAUGGUUCAGGGACAACUUUGACAAGAAUUUCAUUGAGGACAGGCAGCUUGGUUUACAGGCUUUUGUUGACAACUGUGUGGGCCACAAAGACAUAUGUAAUAGUAUGCCAGUGCGAGAAUUCUUCUGUUUCGAUGACCCCCCAGGGCCUCAUGACAGCAUUGAAGAGAGCAGGGCUCUCUGUGAAUCACUAGAAGACACUGUGUACAGGCUGAGAAAGGACUUGGUGGAGAAGAAUUCUGAGAUUGAUCUCUUACAUGAUGAGCUGGCCCUCUACAAGAGACAAGUGGAGAUGCUUACGACUGCCUUGAGGAAACAUAAUGAAGCUAAAAAUUCCUCCGAAUCGCCCGUUUCUUCAACAUCAUUGGCUGAGUGUGACCUAUUGACCUGUACAGAGGCCGACCAAUCACAGCUUCAGACUCAAACUCCUAUGAUGGCUGCAGAAAAAGUUGAGAUCUCUACAAAGGUUGAGGGGGAAGUGUGCAGUCCUGAAGAAAAAAGAGUCAUAACAGGGGAGGAAAUUCAAGCUCAGGCAAAACCAGAGACUGCUGAGAAGUCAAGCUCAAGUCCCGAGGACAAAAUGACCAAGAAGAAGAAAAGGUCUUCUAUAUUUAAGUUCCGUAGCAAAGCCCAAGAAGCUGAAACUAACUAGCAUACAAUAGCUUGAAAAGGAUUGGAGAUAUGGCAUCUCUUUAUUAAUUGCUUGCUUGUUGUAGUUCAGUGCUUUUCCUAUGCCUGUUGUCAAUGAAAUUCUUGUCAAAGUUGUACCUGAGGUACAAUAAAAAAAAACCAACACCUUUUAUUUUUGUUACUACAUUUGUAUUUCAUGUAAUUUAAUAGUACAUAUAAAUGUAAUAUGAGCAAUGAAAUUGCAUCAUUUUAAUGUAGGUAUUGCUGCAUUACUUGGCAAGCUGUUAUGAUUCAUGAAAUAUUCCAAUAAAUACAAU